AUGCAAUUCUCAACUUUAUUACCAGUCGCUUUGGCUAUCAUGCCAAUGGUCAAUGCUUACGCCAACGUCGCUGUUCGUUUUGAUGACCAAUUAUUGAAAAGAGCUGAAAAUGGUACUUAUCAAGUUGGUUCUUACGCUGAUUCAUCAUCAUCAUCAGCUUUACCAGAAGCUUCCUCUUCUGACGUUCAAGGCCAAUCUCAACAAGCUUCAUCUUCUGAUGUUCAAGCUCAAGCUCAACAAGCUUCAUCUACUGCUGGUGAUUCAACAAUCUAUGAAACUUUGACCACCACCGUUACUACUGAAAUUCCAACUUAUGUUCCAACUACUGAUGCUAAUGGUCAAGCUUCAUCUGUUUUAUCCACUUCAACCAUUACCUAUUUCUCAACACUUACUCAAGAACAAUCAUCAUCUGCUGCUCCUCAAGGUCAAGCUUCUAGUUCAGCUGCUGAAGGUCAAGGUGUUCAAGAAUCAGUUAGUACUGCUGGUGAAUCAGUCUACCAAUCUGGUGAUUCAACAAUUACAUCAGUUGUUUUGACCACUUACACUUUAGCAGAAUCUUCAACUUCAGCUACUCCAACCAAUGAAGGUGAACAAUCUCAAGCUCAAUCAUCAGAAGCUCCAGUCUCUUCUUCAGCUGACUCAUUAAACAUUGAUGAAGCUGGUAAACAAGUUCAAGCUAACAACAAUGGUGCUCAAUCUUCAUCAUCAGCUGCUGCAAUUACUUCUGCUCCAGUUGCUGAAUCUUCAUCCGCUGCUCCAGAAGCUCAAGGUGCCGUUUCAACUGUCACUGUUACUGUUACAAAUGAUAACUGUGCUGCCUCUUCUGCUCAAGAUCAAGUUUCAACCGUUACUAGUACAAUUACCACCAAGAUCCCAUUAACUGCUGAAUUCACAAUUACCGGCUCAAAUGGUGAAGUUCAUACCGUUUCAACUUCAACUGAUAUUGACCAAACCACCACCCAAGUUGUUUACUUAACUCAAACCACAACUUUACCAUCAUCAUCCGCUGCUGCUGAAGCUACCGCUACAGGUUCAAUUGACCAAGCUGGUUCUGGUACAAAUGCUACUCAACCACAAGCAACCAACUCUGCAUACGGUUCAGCUUUAUAUGGUAACGGUACAACUUCUGGUAACUCAACUAGUUUGAGUCCAAGUGCUUCACAAUACAGUAUCACUGCUAGUGAUUAUGCUUCAAAUGGUUCAGUUCAAAAACGUUCAUUUUUAAGACGUAUUAUUGGUUAUUGA